CAUCGGCUGGGCUCUAUUUUUAACCUCGCUCUGUUCUUAUCCUCCUCCAGGUUCUUACUGCAGAGUCUUGAGGACUUGGACUCCAGCCUUCGUAAGCUCAACUCCCGUCUGUUUGUGAUUCGAGGCCAACCCACUGAUGUCUUUCCCAGACUCUUCAAGGAAUGGAAGAUUUCUCGUCUGUCUUAUGAGUAUGACUCUGAGCCCUUUGGGAAAGAGCGAGAUGCAGCGAUUAAGAAGCUGGCCUCUGAGGCCGGAGUGGAGGUGACAGUUCGUACCUCCCACACACUCUAUGACCUGGACAAGAUCAUAGAGUUGAACGGGGGACAGUCCCCUCUCACCUACAAGCGGUUCCAGACUCUCAUCAGUCGUAUGGAGGCAGUGGAGGUGCCUGCAGAGUCCAUCACCGCUGACAUCAUGGGGAAAUGUGCCACGCCAUUGUCCGACGACCACGAUGACAAGUUCGGAGUCCCCUCCCUGGAGGAGCUUGGUUUCGAUACCGAGGGUCUGUCCUCCGCUGUGUGGCCGGGGGGAGAGACUGAAGCUCUCACACGACUUGAGAGACAUUUGGAGAGGAAGGCGUGGGUCGCCAACUUCGAGCGUCCCAGAAUGAACGCCAACUCGCUGCUCGCCAGCCCGACGGGCCUCAGCCCGUACCUGCGCUUUGGCUGCCUCUCCUGCCGCCUCUUCUACUUCAAACUCACCGACCUCUACAGGAAGGUGAAGAAGAACAGCUCCCCUCCUCUCUCGCUCUACGGUCAGCUGCUGUGGCGCGAGUUCUUCUACACGGCGGCCACCAACAACCCGUGCUUCGACAAGAUGGAGAGCAACCCCAUCUGUGUCCAGAUCCCCUGGGACCGCAACCCAGAGGCGCUGGCCAAGUGGGCGGAGGGACGCACGGGCUUCCCAUGGAUCGACGCCAUCAUGACGCAGCUGAGGCAGGAGGGCUGGAUCCACCACCUGGCCCGGCACGCCGUGGCCUGUUUCCUGACCAGAGGAGACCUGUGGAUCAGCUGGGAGGAGGGCAUGAAGGUGUUUGAGGAGCUGCUGCUGGAUGCGGACUGGAGCGUGAACGCAGGCAGCUGGAUGUGGCUCUCCUGCAGCUCUUUCUUCCAGCAGUUCUUCCACUGCUACUGUCCCGUGGGCUUCGGCCGACGCACCGACCCCAACGGAGACUACAUAAGGCGCUACCUGCCCAUUCUGCGAGGGUUUCCAGCCAAGUAUAUUUAUGAUCCCUGGAACGCUCCGGAGAGUGUACAGAAGGCAGCCAAAUGUGUUAUUGGAGUCCACUACCCAAAGCCCAUGGUGCACCACGCAGAAACCAGCCGUCUCAACAUCGAGCGCAUGAAACAGAUCUACCAGCAGCUCUCCUGUUACAGGGGCCUCGGCCUUUUGGCUACAGUUCCCUCCAACCCCAAUGGUAACGGCAACAACGCCGGCGAAGCAUCCUCAGAUGGGAUGGGAUUUCAUGUUGAGGCUACUCAUGAAGCCGCAGCUCCGUCCAGCUAUCGGAUGCCUGUUCACUCCCAGGGAGACUGGCAAAGUGGCGUCAUGCUUUACCUGCAGGGAGAUCAGCAAACCAGCAUCGGCACACAUCAGCAGGGUUAUGCCGGCACCAGCUCCAGUAUGAUGUGUUACACUCCAGGCACCCAGCAGAUUCCUGCCCCUGUCAUUCAAAAAGGGCUUGAACACCACUCCAUCACUCAGACCAGUGGCAAACGUCACAACGAGGACUCUGGAAAUGGCAAAAGCUCCAAACUCCAGAGGCAGAGCACUCACUAGAGAGACAAACACAGAGUGGACGCUGCAUUUUCGUGAAAGCACUACAACGCUGCAUGAUCUCACCUUCAGGAGCAGCAAACGUCGUUAAAACACAUUCACGAGUCAAAGUGUGUCACGUAAAUGGGACUGUACAUUAUCAUUUGGACUGAGAGGCCUGGCCAGUGUCACUGGAGAGGCUGUUACACUGUGCUCGUCUUUCGGUUAAUAUUGCUGGGACAGACGUCCUUGUGUAUAUAAUGAAUUUGCUAAUUUCAGCUCACAUACAACUUGUACAUAUUUGAAUUUUGUAUGUGUGUUUUCUCUCUUUGUGUAGACCCUCCUUCCCCCCAUAGACCCACUGAUAUAUAUUUUUGAUAUGAGAAAUCAUUGUGGAUGGAUUUUUUUUUUUGGAAGAUUUUCAAUAAAAAUUCAAGCAUUUAUAGAACAUCCAUUCCAAAAAAAACGGUGAUAAAUCUUGUAUCUGUGCUAUGACAGCAGCAUCCCGUCAUUUAAUCAACCUCCCGAUUUUCAAACCAUCCCAUGUAUCUAUCCACAGACAUGUUUCGAUCAUUUCCUCUGUAUCUGAGUUCUAGCUGGUUCAUCUUAACUCCUCACCACUGUAGAGGCGAUAUACAUUAACUAUAAAUGGUAUUUCAAGACAGGAUGAAAGGAACAAGGAGUCUUCAUAUCAUGCCCCCCUCCACCUGUAUAAUUCUCAAUAAAUGUACCACUGGAGAGAACUGCUUCAUUUGCUCCCACCCGGUCCUUCUCAAUCUGCUUGUUUCAUUAAAACUGGU